AUGUCCUUGCGCGGCCCCAUGCGGCGGUCGCAUCUGCGGCAGGUGAGCGCGGCGAGCUUGGAGAGCAGCUCCACCCAUUCGCUGGAGGCCUCUCAUCACCGUGACCAUGAUCAUGAUGCAACCACGGACGAGAGAACGGUCAGGCUGUCUUCAACAAGUUUGGUUCGGCACCAAUGUGCGCUGUGGGUACACGAUGAAAUGUUCUCCCGUGAAGAGGUUUUGUUAAACCCAUCGGCUUUCGGCGAAUCCGGAGUCCAAGUUGGGGAUGUUGUCGAGAUUCUGCCCGUUCGAGCAUCUGGCGACAUGAACAAUUACUCUUUAAAGUCCGAGGCUGCUUCAAAAUCCACUCGUGAGAGUCACGCCGAAAUGAACUCGUCAUCUCAGACGGACAGCACCUCGAAAUUCAAGACUCCCUUGCAGAGCCGGUGUUUAUUCGUGGUGAAAGCCCUCCCACCCGAAAUUAAGGCUCGUCACCCACAGCUGGAGAUUUCUGUGACCAACAAUGUCGCCAAUAUCUUUGGCUUCAAGAACAGGACGCAAGUUCUCCUGUCGAUUGUAGACCGCGAACAAUGCGCGGCGUCUCAUGUUGAUAUCGCAUUUCGCGACCAGUACUUGGUCCGCUCUGACAUGUGGAGACUCGUCAUGUCGGAACUGGCAGAUAAGAUUGUCUACAAGGGACAGAAGAUCAUGUUCAUGGGAAGCAUCAAAGCCACUGUCAAGAACAUCUUCAUUCGGGAGAAGAAAUGCCUCUCGGGAUACUUUGCUCCAAGUACUAUCCCGGUUUUCCGAAGCGAGUCUGCCAAAUAUGUCCUGUUCAUUCAGAUGUCAAGGGAAAUGUGGGAUUUCGAUUCCGAAGGCACCGGUGAUAUCUUGUUCAGUCGAGUUAUCAACGGCUUCUUGCCAGAGCUCUUCAAGAGAUGGGCCAAUUCUGAUGCAAAGCACCUGGUGACUAUUGUAUUAUUCACUCGAGUCGAAUACGAUGCGCCCACUCACACCAGCCAAGCUAAACUCAGCACUGGGAAUCUCAGCACAAAAUCUGGGCCGAACAAAAACCCGACCCGAGACUUCUAUCGCGUGGUAGUCAAUGAUAUGGCAAGUGGUCACUGGACAACGAUACUUGACGAGCUCAAAAGGGAAUUUAGAACCUUCUUGCGAGAUGUCUCAAUCCUGAAAUCGGAUGACGUUGAGGCUGCAUCUGGAAGUGGCAUCAAGAUACCUUCUAAACCACACAUGGCAACCAUUGCCGGACAUCCCAGCACAGCCUUACGAGGAAAUAUUUUAGAGGCCAUCCAUCUUGCCUCUGCCCAUUUAGCUUUCGAUCACAUCGAUCGGGACAUGGUUCACACUGGUACUUCAAUCAUCGUCAUUACGCCCGGUAGUGGCGUUUUCGAGGUCUCGUACGAGUCCUUGGCUUCUACAACGGAGGCACUUGCAAAUCGUGGCAUAGCCAUUGACUUGGUCUGUCUGAGUCCCAUGCCUCUUCACUCUGUGCCGUUGUUUAAAUACAAGGAACCGGUGGAGCAGCCAUCGGGUGUAACAGGAGAACCUAGUCCUGGUGACAUUCGAAGGAACGUGCCUUCACCUGAGAUACAUCAUUCCCUAUCAAGUGUUGUUAGCAGAUCAUCUUACCUCUCCCCGAGCUCAUAUCUGUCUGCAACAAGAAUGAGGGAACGUGCGGCUCCUCAGGCUAAAGAGUGGAGCUUCGGUAUUCCACAUUGGCUUGAUAUUUCCUACUGGAACCCUGAAACCUACCGAGAGGCUCGAAGAAUCCUGAAGAAAGACCCCAAUGCCCCAAUUUCGUCAACUGUCACUCGGCCAUCCAGGGAAUUUACACCACGAGUACGCAUGUAUGAGAUUCAAAUGAUGGGGGUCAUGGAGAGUGAACAGUCAAAUAUCUCGAUCCCAUAUCUUGCCGAAGGACGUGGUGGAGCGAGGCCUCGUGCAUCCUGGCCAGGAUACGGCCAGUUAAGCCGUCCUCCCCCGAAGACCCGUUUCGCCAAUUCUUCGUCAUUGAAGGCGCCAUACAGUGACAGUCUACGACCAGGGUCGUUCAUUCAAAAUGCUUCUUCAAACUCAGCAGACUCGCAAACCCAAGAACACCAGAACUCGCGAAAGUCUGUGAUGGCUUGGAUGGACCAAUACGAUGAAAACCUCUUUACUCUCUCCCCGAAAAAGCGACAAAUACACAGGACCACCAGGCAAAAGCGACCUAGUGAAACGGAAGUCCAGGCCGCCAGUGCUGCAGUGCAUGAACGGCUUUCUGCCCGCUCAAUUAUGCGACUCCGUGAUCAUGAAACAAAUCCAGCAGAGGACGAUGAGUCUUCGCUCCCCGGGCCUCGAAGGAUUGACUCCAUUACAACGAUAACACCCAAACGCCCGGGCUCGAUCAAGAGCAUGUCUCCCAAGAAGCCAGCAUUGAAGAAGACGCCGGCAGCAAAGACCUCGCGAAUUUCCAAGACUAUUAGUUUCGCGCUUCGAGGUCUAAGUGCCACUCCCCCAAGAGCCCAAGCAAGCACAGGAAUCAAUGUGGAGCAUGCGAGUGCGUUGCCCGCUGUGGUAUCCAGAACUCCAGCUGGGUCAAUCUCUGAUUCAAGGAGCAUUACUUCUUUAAGUCCUUCAGAAACAACGUCCACUCAAACUGCCAUUGAUGUGCCUUCAAGACCUCCUUCGCCCGGAAAGACUUCACAGCCUCACUCCAAGCCAAUUUCCAUCAAGAUACCCCCGAAAAAUCCACCAAAGGAAAUAGAGCAACCAGAGCGCGUAGGAACCCAUGGAUCAUUAUCGACGUCUGCAGCAGAGAUACCAGCUCACGAACUUGGUCGUAAUCAAAACGAAGGCUCGUACCGGGAUCACAAGGUUGAGAUCAAACUCAGCCACAGCCCACGCGAGCCAUCUGCGCGCAACUCACCAAGCAAAGCUUUAUCUCCUUGGGUUCGCUCGGUCAACCCUUGUAACACUCCCAAGGAUGUACUGCGAGAUACUAGCUGGUUUGGCCGUUGGCAACACGCGUAUCCACGGCCACCGCAUGUGGCUGUCGUCAAGUGGAAAAGUUUGAAAUCCCCUGCAGUGCUUCCAUUGACGACCGAGGAACUACCAACAGCCAGUGAGCUUGCUUCGGAUUAUCUGCAGACUCCAUAUCGUGUCUUUCCAAAUGAAGACUCGGAAGGCAUAGAGGCACCAAAGACACGGGGUGUUCUUAUACGGGAAAUGAUCGCGCUGCGACUCUCUCACGGGUUCCAGAUCGUUGUUGGAAAGAAUGUGGCCGAAGUAUCAGGACAGCCCGCCCUUGAGUCAUUGAACGUUUUCGACUCUCGGGGACUAGAACGAGACGGCCUGACCGUGUUCCUAUCUAAGGGCAACACUAUUCACCGACUUGUCUGCGUUCAGGGAGGAGAGGUGGAAGUGACACGAUUCACCCAUCAAAACUCUGCUAUGCUCAUAUGCCCUAAGAAGACCACUUUCACUCUCUACCAACCGGCCAUGAAGACAAUUCUAAGCCCGGAAUACGAAAUCAAAGACAUUAAACUGGAUCCAACCGCCGAAGAGUACAAUUGGAACUAUGCCGACAACUACGUGGCUGGUCACCGAGACUACCUCCAGAAUCCGGCACAGCAACUGCAUUUCUGGCGAGUUCGUUAUGUGCUCAUUCCGCUCCAACUUUAUCCCAGUUCGCGGCGCCAUCUGCAGUCUUUCAAUGAGGACAACGAAGAAGAAAUUCAUUUGCUUGGUAUCAGCCAGCUGACACACAUCUGGCAACGGUACAAGUAUGUAUCGCCGGAAGAAAAGCUUUUCGAGACAUCGAACCCAAAGACAGAUCAAAACCCCCUCAACAUCAUGUACCAAACACGCAAUCCAUCAGAGAUUGUUACAGCAGAAUUGGAUCGAUUGCUUCUCACUGAUCCAGGUCUUGACAAUGCCCCAGCUCAGCUCUUACCAGAGUCGGAACUGCUGGAGAGAUCAAGCAUCAGUCUUUCAUCGCUAGCGCAAAUCAUUCAAGGCGAGAAAGGUGUGCGGAUGAUGGAUCGACGGUGGCAUUGGAGACUGCACUACAACUGUUUCAUUGGCUUUGAAUUCACCACCUGGCUUUUGCAAAACUUGCGUGAUAUUGAUACCCGCGAAGAAGCAGUCGAGUUUGGAAAUGAGUUGAUGAAGCAUGGUUUGUUCCAGCAUGUGGAGAAGAGACACAACUUCCGAGAUGGCAAUUAUUUCUACCAGGUCUGUGCCGAUUACCGCGUCACUCGUCCAGAGUCUCGAGGGAGUUGGUUCCCUCAGCUUAGAGCAGAUAAAUCGAUGCCAUCAACGCCAGCGAUUGGAACUGCAAAAGACUCUCCUACUAGUCUCCAUGCGCGAUCAGACAGCAUCGAUGAGCGCAUACCGCAAACACCAAGUACUCCCUCCAAAGCCAAGAACAAAGUUGCCAUCAUGUUGUCCAAAUCGAUGAAAUAUGAUGUCGAUCCGCGCAAACGGUCCAACCGGCCAGAAGUCAUCGACCUCCACUAUGACCGACUGCACAAUCCCGAGAACUGCUUCCAUAUCGAGCUCAGCUGGAUGAGCACGACCCCAAAGCUGAUCGAAGACACGGUACUCUCAUGGGCCUCGACAGCCGAGAAAUUCGGUCUCAAGCUAGUCCAAGUACCGAUCGCCGAAGGCUGCGCCAUCGACAAAACCCAACCAUUCCGCAAACCCUACGAGAUAAAGCUGAAGCUCCCACCUCCAAAGGCGCCCCUCCACACGGUAUUCAACAACGCAUCAUUCGCGCAACCGGGUCCCCCCGACCCCAAUUACUACCAGAAGGCAAUAUUGCGCAAAUUCGACUUCGUCCUAGAUUUCGAAGCAUGCUCCGCAUUCCCAGCAGACGUGGAAGUCUCCUACUCAUGGGGAAAGCCAGACUAUCUGUACCCGCAAUUCAUCCACCGAACAGGCAGCAUCCUAGCCCAGAUCACCAACGAAGGCAACUUCCUCCUGUUAGCCAACCGACUCGUGAGCACGCGCGGAACAGCAGGUCGGGACCCAGGCCGCUUCGACCACAGUCGACCCGACUUCCGAGGCCGCGCAACGACAACCCAUGAUAACCUCGAUCGCGUCUCGCCUCGCCUGUCCCCGGUUACACGACCUGUCCACGACAUUGGCAGUCCGAUGACCGCAUCCGGAUCCUUGAGCAUCGACUCUGCAAACCUCUAUCGCGCCCCAGAGUAUAUCCUCAACGGCCUGGUUGAGUUCUGCAGCGAUGAAGCACAGCUGAAGCAGUUCUACUCGGAGUCGCAUGUUCGUCCCGCUUCGACAAAGGUGGAGCCUGCUACUACGAACCUGAUGGAUGCGUCGAUCCCGUCACUGGAGCUUCCGGCUAGUGUGGAGGGAGUUGCUAUUGAGUGGAUGAGCAAUGUAGAGAGGUUUUCCGUCGAAGACGAGUCGGUCAAUCUGCUGUUGAACAAGUUUCAGAGACACCGAGGAGAUACCCUUAACUCGCCAACUGUCUCCGCCCAAAUCACCUCUCCAUCGGAGGGAAUCGUCGGUGUGAAACUUGUGCAUUGGGCUGGUCAAAACGACAACGGCCCUCACUACCACCUCAACACCAGCAAAGACCACAUCGCCAUCCAGCACAACAAAGAAGAAAACAAACUAAACUACAAAAGCGGACCACUAGAUCUAGACAUCAAUACCGCCGCCAACGAACUAGACCUAAUUUUCCGCUCCCCAACCGGCAAGAAACUAACCGGCCAAUCGUUCCGCUCAAUCGGCUACGUGCGCGACCAACGAAGCGAAAAGCACCGCUAUGAAGACGGCAUCUACGCCGAGAAGCAGGGUUACAUGCUUGCAGGACUAGACCUGGGCGUUGGCGAGAAGGUCUACGGCCUAGGAGAGCGAUUCGGACCUCUUGUCAAGAACGGGCAGGUGGUUGAUAUGUGGAAUGAAGAUGGUGGCACCUCUUCUGAACUUGCGUACAAGAAUAUCCCAUUCUAUAUUAGUUCGAGGGGAUAUGGUGUUUUUGUUAAUCAUCCUGGAAAGGUCAGUUUGGAGGUGCAGUCUGAGCGCACUACUCGGGUAAAUAUCUCUGUUGCUGGGGAGGAGAUUGAGUAUUUUGUCGUUUACGGGGCUACGCCGAAGGAGAUUCUUAAUCGGUAUACUUCUCUCACUGGAAGGCCGAGCCUUGUUCCGUCGUGGAGUUAUAAUCUUUGGUUGACUACCAGCUUUACUACCAACUAUGACGAGGAAACUGUCACUGGGUUCCUUGAUGGGUUCCGAGAUCGUGAUAUCCCACUGGGCGUCUUCCACUUUGACUGUUUCUGGAUGAAGUCGUACCAUUGGUGUGAUUUCGACUUUGACUCGGACAUGUUUCCCGAUGCCGUGGGAUACCUCAAGCGGUUGAAAGAGCGUGGGCUGCGCAUUAGUGUCUGGAUCAACCCAUAUGUAGGGCAGGCAUCACCGCUGUUCGAGGAGGGUAAGAAGAACGGCUACUUCAUCAAGCGCACCGACGGCUCCGUCUGGCAAUGGGACUUCUGGCAAGCCGGAAUGGCAGUAGUAGACUUCACCAACCCAGCAGCCUGCAAAUGGUACAACAGCCACCUAGAACGCCUAAUGGAAAUGGGCGUGGACAGUUUCAAGACCGACUUCGCAGAGCGCAUCCCAGUCAAAGGCGUCCAAUACCACAACGGCGCGGACCCAGAGCGUAUGCACAACUACUACGCCCUCCUCUACAACAAAAUCGUCUACGAGACUCUCAGCACCCGUGUCGGACGCAGCCAGGGUCUCCUCUUCGCGCGCAGUACCGCACCAGGCGGACAGGCAUCCCCCGUGCACUGGGGCGGCGACUGCGAGAGCACAUUCGAAGCAAUGGCUGAGUCACUGCGUGGUGGACUGAGCCUGAUGCUGUCCGGGUAUAUAUUCUGGGCAUCUGAUAUUGGCGGGUUUGAGGGGACGCCGCCACCGGCGCUGUAUAAGCGAUGGGUGCAGUUUGGGCUGUUGUCAUCGCACUCGCGUUUGCAUGGAUCUUCUUCGUUCCGUGUGCCGUGGAUCUAUGGCGAAGAUUGUUCGGAUGUAUUGCGGGAUUGUGUCAAGCGCAAGAUCUUGCUUACGCCGUAUAUUCUGCAGGAGGCGUUGAGGGGGCAUCGGGAUGGAACGCCGCUUAUGAGGCCGCUCUUCUUGGAGUUCCCUGAGGAUUUGAAUACUUAUGCUGUUGAUACGCAAUAUAUGUUUGGUCCGAAUUUAUUGGUUGCGCCGGUGUUUUCGGAGGAGGGUGAGGUUACUUUCUAUGUGCCCAGGUCUGAGGAUGAUGAGGCUGGGAAGUGGGUUUCGUGGUUUGAUCAUUCAAAGUCCUAUGAGUCCGGUUGUUGGUACACUGAGACUCAUGGCUUUGAUACUUUGCCUAUCUUGAUUCGCCCGGGGUCGGUGACUGUUGUCAAUCCCACGAUCAAGGCUCCUGAAGAUGAUGCGCUGUCAGGAGUUGAGUUGCUGAUCAAUGGUCGUUUGCAGGGAGAGACCACGAUCGAGAUUGUCAAUUCAGCUCAGACGGACGAGGUCUUGGAGACCGUUCAGCUUUCUCCUGCUGCGGAUGGGAAGGUCGAAGCCAGUGGCCAUCCAGUGAAAUUGGUCUAUGUUGCUUAA